AUUUACGUUUUGGUUUAACAUUGGCAAAAUUGGCACCGUACAAAGUUGUAGCUUAGUACUUCACGUUUGACCGGUUGUAUUUAAAAAAUAAUUAAUGUAAUCUGUUUUUUUAGUAUCGUACAAUUAAGUAAUAAAUAUAGUAAUUUUAUUUAAGCGUGAAACGUUCAGAAUUAUGUUUUAAAACUAUUAUAUUUUGUAUAAGGAAAAGUGGUAUUUCAAAAAAGUAAACCGGUUUUCAACUUUGAAGAAGAUUGUUUGUGCCAGCGCGAAGAUAAUAUUUUUAGUCUAAGAUUAAAACUAACAAUGUGGAAGUUACUGACUGUUUUAAAUAUAUUAUUGCUAAACUUUGUGAUCUCAGAAGAUGUGGGUGAGACCUGCACAUCAAAUCAGUCACUGGAAGGUGUUUGCAUGCAAGUUUCUAAAUGUGAAGCAGCCAUUUUAGCAAUAACAAACAAGAGAUUUCAUGAAUUUAGAAGAUGUGGUUUUAGUGGUUUCGAAGAAGUGGUAUGUUGUCCUCGGACUUCAACAAAAUUUGGAGGAGAUGAUACAAGGAUAAGAGCAGAAAGAAUUGCUGAUAGAGAAUGCCAGAAAAUCAAAGAUAACAGCAUACCACCAUUGGAUUUACAUAUUUUGGGUGGUGAAGCUGCAUCAUUGGGGGAAUUCCCACAUAUGGUGGCCCUGGGAUACGACCGAGGGAAUGGCUAUGAGUUUGACUGUGGCGGUUCAGUGCUGUCACGCACUUACGUCCUGAGCGCUGCACAUUGCGUAGAUACUUUAGAUAGGAUACAACCGUCCAUAAUUCGCGGAGGCGUUAUAGAAAUCGGCGGUAAUCAGUUCAAUCCAGAGACCGAUGACAGAAUAGCCGAAAUAAUAUUAAAUCCAAGAUAUACUAGAAGGGAAAAAUAUCACGAUCUAGCUUUAUUAAGAUUGGAAACGCCUUUGCAGUUCUCCAGUACCUUAAAUGCAGUUUGCUUGGAGACAAGUGAGGAAGAUCCUAGAGUGCCCCUCACUAUUACUGGAUGGGGGAAAACUAGUAAUACAAGAGACACAAGGAGUAACUUGCUAUUAAAAACGAAUGUGACUACUGUCGGUCGCAAUAAAUGUAACGAAAAUUACACCGGUUGGCGGAAACUGCCGUCGGGAAUAUCCCCCGACCAAAUGUGCGCGGGGGAUCCAGAAGGCUUGAAGGACACGUGUCAGGGCGACUCUGGGGGGCCGCUACAGAGUUUGGGCUCGGAUGGGAUGAGCCGUUUGGUGGGUGUGACGUCAUUCGGUCGCGGCUGCGGGUCCCCCGUGCCCGGCGUCUACACGCGAGUCAGCCGCUACCUCGACUGGAUAGAAAGCAUUGUCUGGCCUAACGCACAAUAAACACUCACACUUCUAAUAGAGAUGACGACAUAUUUUUCCAGUAUAUUUUGCCGAUGAUAAAUGUUUUCUUUAUGAAAUAAUCUCACUUGUUUGUUCUUUUAACAUAUAACGAUGACUCAGCGCUUUUCGCUCCUGAAUUAAGUACCUACAUUUGUUUUUACUAUUUUUUGUCUAAUAUUCUUUUCAUUAUCUAAUUGACGCGUAAUAAAGAUUUAAAAUUUUCAUACAAUGUCGUCAUCCCUAUUGACGUGGUCGUUAUAAACUAUCAAGCUACUUUCAAUUUAUUUAUCUAAAUAAAAGACUGAAAAUAA